AUGGCGGCCAUAAUAGCCGAAAAAGUUCCAGAGCAAGCUGUCGAAAAAUUCAAGCUCCUGCUCGCUUGCUUAGAUGGCAAAACGACCUCUUCUUUCAUUGAAUAUAUUUCCCAAAUUGCUAACUCGAUCUCUCAAGGCUCGGUGGCGGUUAUUUCAGCUCGACAGAUCUGUGCAGAACUGAUCCUCUAUAUUGACGGGUUGCCUGAUGGUGAUUUGGCGGUGACGGCAUUUCAGGAGUUGCUCUCCAGAAUGGAGUCUCGCGUUAUCGCCUUUGAGGCUCAGCUGACACAACUCAGGGACUUAUUGGCAAAGCGCCUUACAAAGACUGGCAAUCUUCGAGAGGCCGUUGCUGUGCUGUCUGGAAUGCCCCUUGAAAGUGGCCAGCGGAUCUACUCAAACGAUUACAAAUUGGACAUAUACCUUCGCAUGGUGGAGGCUUACUUCGAACUUAAUGACCCGACGCAGGCGGAGGUCUAUGUAAAUCGGGCUUCUCUGCUUCAGAAUGAAUGCAAGGAUCAAAAGCUGAUUAUGCGCUUCAAGACUGCGUAUGCGCGUCUACUUGAUUUCAAGAAGAAAUUCCUCGAAGCUGGCCAGCGCUACGCCGAGUUAUCGAUUCGUUUCCGGGGCCUUGCAUCUGAGGCCGAGAGGACGACCUUCCUGGAGCGGGCCCUCCUGUCGGCCCUGCUUGCCGGUGCUGGACACCAACGCGCACGCCUCCUGGCCUCCCUCUACAAGGAUGAGCGUUGUCAGACCCUUCAGGGCUUCCCCAUACUCGAGAAGAUGUACAAGAGACGUCUUAUAAGUCGAGAAAGCCUACGAAGCCUUCACCCUCUCCUGAUUCACUACUACCCCCAGCUAUUCGGCUCCGCUAACGAGGCAGGCGAUGCCAGCGUGAAGGGUGAUGGGUGCGAGCAGAGGGAACAGCAACUGCAGGAUGUGCUGGAGCGUGUUGUUGUCGAGCACAACAUGCUCGCUGCCAGCCUCAUCUACAACAACAUUACGCUGGAAAAUCUCGGCGAACUGCUCGAGGUCGAAGCCAGUCAGGCUGAAUCAAUCGCUGCACAGAUGAUCUGUGAGGAUCGCUUGAUAGCUCAAAUUGACCAAAUCGAUGGGGUUGUGUAUUUUGAAAAAGAGAGCGUGCCGGCGUCUGCCAGUUCUAAAGUUCAGGGUCUUUGGAUGUCGGUGAACCGAAUCAUCGAAGGCAUUGAGGCUGACCACCCGGCCUGGGUAGCGGCCCAUUCGGGUGAGGUGACUUGA